UAUAUAUGUCUGUCAACACAUUAUUCUUCACAAAUUGUAAACGCAACUCACAACUUAUUCAACUGCAAGAGGAGUGAAAAAAGAAGGGGAAGCAGCAAAGUAUUAAAGCAUGGAAGGCUUGAUACCAUUUCUCAUCCACACCAUCAAGAAACAGAAGACUUACAACAAGUAUCGAUCCCUGUCGGACACUUCUAACCGAAGCUACCACGUUCUGGUGGGACCCAACUCGGCGGAGGGAUCGUCUCACCGUCGAACGAGGUCAGACGUAGAUUUCUUGGGGAACAAGUCAAGUUACGGUGAUAAUUUAGCUCAUUCGAGUGGCAUGAUGAAUAAAGGUUCUGCUGUCACAGCUGGGAAUGCUCAUGAUUCUAAGCUUGUUGGGUCUGGCGUUUUUCAUGUUGCGAAAGAUGGUAAAACUUAUGAUCAGCAUCGGGACUAGGUUAAGUAUUGAUGGAUUAUAUUAAGUUAAGUUACCUUUGAGGUACAAGAUCAAUUGUAUAUUAAGUUUGGUUUGUUCAUUUCGUGGUGUUUAUUCUAAUUCAUUUAUUUGAUAAUCUUACCUCCAA